AUGGGCAAGGUCUUUUUCGUCGACUGGGCGCUAUGGCAGAAGAUGACCUUCGUGCUGGCAUGCGCAAUUGUCCUAACCAUCUUCAUCGGCUGGUUGAAAGUGCUCUACACCAACCGCAAGCUGAAGAAGUUGACGAAGCCCGUCGGCGCAAGAGCCGACCAAGAACCUCAGAUGGUCGAAGCUGCCGCCGCACCGAGGAGAAAGUCUGGCGACGACAUUCCAUUCGGUAUUCGCGCAAUCCAGAGCGGCAUCGAGGUCGACGGCAUCUGGAUCUCUGGCACAAAUACACCUGUUCCCAGCAGCCCCACCCAGUCGGCCCAGGACAAGCCCGAAGCUUCUGGUUCCAACUCCCGCCCUAUGAGUGCCUUGGAGAUUCCAGGGCCUGCGACUGCUGGCCCCUCCAGCGGCCCCUCCAGCCGUCCGUCUUCUCGUGGCCCUCCGUCCUCCAGCUUCGAUCGUGCUGUUUCUGCUGAAAGAAUCGCGAGCCAUAGCCGCGAUUCUUCGCCUGGCUCAACUGCUUCCGGCCAGCGUGCGCGCACUCAUCGCCCUCCGCCGACGGCUUACACCCGUUACAGCCAGGCCAGCAUGUUGAGGCACUCGGCUACUUUGGAUACCCUCGAGGGCGAGGAAGACGAUGCCCGGGCCAUGCAUGAACGCUCGGCUUCUGCCAGUGCCAACCCUUACGCUUAUAACUUCAGCUCUAAUGGUUCCUCUCGCAAGUCCAGCGGUAGCAGUGACAACAAUCCUCCGGAUCGGUCAAGUGACGACGACACCGUCGGGUCCACGAGCAUGGGUAAGGCUCCGAUGGUGGCUGUCCCCCGUUCUCGUGACCCCCGCACCGAUCUGCGCCUGCUUCAAAGCCACCGUAUGUCGCAUGUGGCCGAGACCGGCUCUCUGGUCCGCCGCGAGCGCCCUGACCGCCCUACUGGCCGCAGCGGGGAUUGGAGCAGCAUGUCUCUGGAUGCGCCUUACAGCCGUUCUGCGCCUACCUCCGGUCCGCCCUCGCCACCUUCCGGCCCGACGUCUGGUCCUCCAUCGCCGCCUACUCCUCCCAUUUCCCAAGGCGCGAAUCCGUUCAUGGCUCCUCUGGAAUCAGUCAGCAGCCCUACUCGCGACAGCCACCCCGAGAACACGGUCGCGCACGCCGUGCCGCUCCUCGAAACCUACCAACCGCGUGGUCCCAACUUUGAUGACGAUACGCCACAGGCUUACACCACUCACGACUCUCAGGUUCUGCGCAAGGUGAACUCCGGGUUCGAGAUUCUGCGGCCCGGCACCUUCCCUGUUGGUCCUACAGAGGAAGCGUUGAGAGCUCAGCAACCUCCCAAGAAGCUGCAGAAAAAGAGAAGGCCAUCUGAGGCAGAUUCGCGAGUUUCGAGCUUCGUGGAACAAGUCUAA